ACUCUCUUUCCUCUCUCUUUUCUAAACUUAAUGUUUUACUUUUUUUUUAAAUGAAAUUGGUGAAAUUAAAGAAUUGUGAAAUAUUUCUUAUUUUGGUUAUAUUAUUUUAAUAACAACAAAUAUGAAAAAUGAUUAACUGUGGGGAUUUUUCAAAGAAAAAGAAAAUAAUUUGCCGGCUUUGUGCUAAUAAAAGCGAAAAUACUAUUAAUAUUUUUGAAAUUUCAUCAGAGGGACAGAAUAUUUUGGAGAAAAUUAACAACACCUUACCGAUCAAAGUGACAGUAACCGACAGUCAUCCAAAAACAAUUUGUCCCGCCUGCUUAGAAAAACUUGAAUUAAUUCACAACUUCCUUAAAACAGUAGUAGCAGCCGAUGAAUAUUUCAUAAACGUCAGAAAUUCCACAGUUGUUCACGAAUUACCAAUAAAAGAUUCUAAGAAUGAAGAAUUAUUUUAUAGGGAACGAAUUACCAAAAGUCCAAUAAAAGUUUAUGAGCAAACAGAGCAAACAAACUUGAAAAAUGAAAUUAGAUGUCGAAUCUGCAGUACAAAGUUCCAAACGCGAAGAAAAUGUUUCCUCCACUCUGCCACACAUUCUUCAUCACUUUAUUUCCCUUGUGGACUUUGUGAAUUUUAUUCAAAAACACCAGACGAAUGGAGAAAGCAUUACAUCAAGAGUCACAAUGGUAGGCAAUGGGAACGAAGAGCAGCGAAUCAGGAAUGUUCAAUUUGCAAAAAAAAAUUUAUCACCACAAAUCGUUUGAACUUUCAUCUUCAGUUUCAUGAAAGUGCAAAUAAGGAACGAUACUGUAAAAAGUGUGAUAGGUUUUUCUCAUCUGAAUCGGUGCUUUAUCAUCAUUCACUGAUGGUGCAUGAUCAAUCCAAGGAAUUCUGUUGCGAUACUUGUGGAAGUCAAUUCAGAUCACUUGCUCAAUUGGAUACCCAUCAACGUAAACACAAAGACGAUCGUCCGUAUGAGUGUAAAAUUUGCUCUAAAGAAUUUCACUCAGCUGAUAAUUUUCGCAGACAUCAGAAAAUCCAUCUACCGAAUAAACCUUUCCAAUGCAGUCAAUGUAAUAAGACUUUUAAUCGUACUAACAGUCUGAAUAAGCAUUUGCUGAUUCAUCAAGUAGCUGAACGACGGUCAAUGAUCUGCCAAGUUUGCAAUGUCUGCAAUCAAGUUCUACUCAAUCCUUCUUCAACUGAAUCUCACAUUCAUCAUUGUGCCGAAAGUACUAUCCAAGACAGACAACUAGAGGUCAUUUAUAGGUGUGAAUACUGCCAGCAAUUUUACGCCACAAUUGCUUCGACAAAAAGCCACUCGAAAAUCCACACAGGGCCUCUUCCGUAUGUGUGUAUAAUUUGUCAGGUAACUUAUCCUACUUACAAUCAAAUAAUGGUACACAGGAAGUCUCAUAAAAGAAUAACGGAUCAGCCGCCAAAUGAUGAAGACAAUUUAACGAAAUUCUUCUUUUGCGACAAUUGCGAAAAAACAUUCGUACACUACACUAACAUGAAUCUACAUCGAAAGGUGUGUCUCAAUAGUAAACUUAUCAAGUGUCCAACCUGCCACGAUGUUUUCUACAGCAAACAAGAAUUCACAAAGCACAAAAGAAGACGUGAAAUUGGAACAAAAUUAAUCUGCGAAAUUUGCAAAAUUUCUUUCAACAAUAAAUGCUCUUUCGAAAAACACAAUACUGUCCACACUGGAAAUAAACCAAUGUUCACUUGCUCCUACUGUGAAAAGGUUUUUCAACAGAAAGCACGUCUGAAAAGUCACAUAAGAAGUCACACGGGCGAAAAACCAUUUAGCUGUGAAUAUUGCAAGAAAGAAUUUAGUUACAAAGCUGACAGGGACAAUCAUCAAAUGAUUCACAGUGGAGAACGUCGAUUUAAGUGUGAAUUGUGCGAAAAAGCAUUUAUGAAUCCUGCACGACUUCGGGAGCACAUGAUACAUCAUUCCAAUAAUCGUCCAUACAAAUGUGACUACUGUGAUCAAACUUUUAAAAAGACGAAUGCAAGGAAAAUUCAUACAUUCAUUCAUACCGGAGAGAAGCCCUAUCAGUGCGAUAUUUGUGGAAUUUCGUUUAGAAGAACGGGUGAUUUGAAUAAGCACAAAAAAUCGCGGCACAAAGAAAGAAAAUAAAAACCUAAGAAUUUAAAUAGUGUUAUAUG